AUGACAGGCAUAUCGCCUAAAAUAUUAAAUUUAGGCAAAGAUGGCAACAAAGAUGAAUAUUUAAAACAAAUUAAAGAAGCCGAGGAAUAUCAAAGAUUAUUAAUGUUGGAAAAUAAUAUCACAAGUUAUGAUAGUAUGAUUCAUAAUGAUGCAAUUUACACAAGUAGAGAACUUAAAUUAAAUCUUGAAAAUGUUUGGAAUUAG